AUGUCAGUCGAAGGCAGAUAUACCCCGAUUGUCAUUGGAGUAGGCGAUAUCAGGAACGCCUCCACCAAAGUCGAAGAUGCACGCGAACCGGCAGAUCUAAUGCUCAAUGCGAUUGAGCUGGCGUUUCAGGAGACUGGUUUGGGUUCGACAUCAAGUCUUAAGUCACAGAUUGAUAGCAUUGAUGUUGUCAGAACCUGGACUUGGGCUUAUGGUGACCUUCCCGGUCUUCUGGCAAAGAAACUUAAUCUUGUUUCACCACUCAAACAUAAAUUAUAUAGUGUCAAUGGCGCGGCGGUAUGCUCGAAGUCAAAUCAAUAUCCMCCUCCGGGCUGGACGCCUGCCGAUGAGAAUGCGGAGAUAUUUACGCCCGGAGAGGUUGGUCAUCGUGAUGACAUCGGGAGUACACACAUGAUGGGAGCACCAAUCCAGAUAUAUCCGAUCUAUGAGAACGGAUUUCGAGCCCGGCGUAGCCAGUCAUUCAAUGAUAACAACGAAGAGUCGGCUGUUCUGUAUGCCCAAUUCAGCAAAGUCGCUUCGAACCAUCCAUUUGCCUGGAACUAUGGCAAGCCUCCCAUGGAUGCGAAAGAAAUAGGAACGGUCUCAAAGACGAAUCGCAUGAUAUGCCAUCCAUAUCCUCUCUUUAUGAACGCGUUCAACACAGUCAAUAUGGCGGCUGCAUGCUUGUUGACGUCUACGGAACAUGCAAGAAAACUCGGCAUACCUGAAGACAGAUGGAUCUAUAUACUCGGUGGCGCAGGAACAGAAGAGAGCAAAAAGUUCUGGGAACGACCGAAUUACCACUCAAGUGCAGCGAUUUCUCGUUCUAUAGACGAGGGCCUACGUGUUUCAGGGCUCAUGGCGAGUGACAUUGAUGUUUUUGACUUUUACUCGUGCUUUCCAAUCGUUCCGAAAUUGGCCUGCCAUCAUAUAGGGCUCGAUCCGCGCCGUUCCGCGAAACCUAUUACUGUCCUAGGCGGGUUGACAUCGUUUGGAGGUGCUGGAAACAAUUACUCUAUGCAUGCCAUCACGGAGAUCGUCCGACAACUACGCGAUCCAUCAACUCCGAAAAGGAACGGGCUUAUUCUCGCAAAUGGCGGAGUUUUGACAUACCAGCAUGUUGUCUGUCUAUCCAAACAUCCUCGCAAGGAUGGAAAGCCAUACCCAGCCCGCAACCCUCUCCCAGAGACACUUACAGACUUGCCCAUCCCACAAAUUGUGGAAAAUGCUCAGGGAGAUGCCACCAUUGAGACAUACACAAUCGAGUACAACCGCAAUGGAACACCUGAGAUAGGCUACAUAAUAGGAAGAUUAAAGAACGGAAGUAAAGCUCGAUUCAUCGCUGUUACGGCAGACAACAAGAGUCUCGACCGGCUGGCGGAGUUGGCUGUUUCGGACCAACCCAUUGGUAAGACGGGAUACGUGUAUGUUGAGGAGGGUGGGAAUGACAAGGGUCGGAAGAGGAAUCUGUUUAUUUUUGGGGUGAAGACGAGGCUGUGA